CGUGCGGGUGCAGGUUGAACGCGCGGCGACAAAGUAACUCCAGCAAUCGCUGAGAGUAAACGGAGAGAAGUUGAACUUUAAUCGAGCAAGUCCGCAUAGAUAUUAGCGUUUUAUAUUUAUCUAACCGUAACCUUCCACUAUUGGGAUUGCAAGUCAUUUUGAAGUUUUAAAACCGUUUCCUCAAAAGGAUGUCUUUUUAUUUCCAGAAUGGAUUUGAUUCGCGUCCCCCUGCAUUGUUCUGCUGCGGACAGUAAUGUGGAGUACAUAAAGCCUUAGAGGAGUCCGACGCACUUUGUUUCUUAUUUAUUGUUUUUAGUCGCACCUUCAUUCGCAAACAAUUUUAACUCUCGCGUGGGUAUCUUGCGUCCCGUUUCCCCUCAAAAAUGGAUAUUACGGUGUCUGAACUCAUGUCUAACUUCAUGGAUUCGCCGCUUGUGGUUUGGGUGAAGACUUUUGGACCCCUUGGGUCCGGUUCAGAAGAUAAGCUCUCCAUGUUCAUGGAUUUAGUGGAUGGUGUCUUCCUUCAUAAGAUAAUGACACACAUAGACCCGAGCCCCAUGAAUCAGAGAGUCAACAAACAAGUCAACAAUGAUGUCAACCUGAGAAUACAGAAUCUCAACACUGUCAUCCGACACAUCAAAAACUACUACCAGGAGCAUCUUCAGCAGCUCAUCCUCAUGAACCUGCCCAAUGUGCUGGCCAUCGCCAAGGACCCGUUAUCAGGUAAAAGCAUGGAGGAGGUGAAGAGACUGCUGUUGCUGAUACUGGGCUGUGCCGUUCAGUGUGAUCGUAAAGAAGAGAUUAUUGAGAAGAUCAAGCUGCUUGACAUUGAAACACAGGCCGCCAUCGUGACGCACAUUCAAGAAGUAACUCACAACCAGGAGAAUGUCCUGGACCUGCAGUGGAUGGAGGUCGGGGAGAUCCCAGCUGAGCAGCUGGACCCUCUUUCUCGAACCAUGGCUUUUCACUUACGCAAACUCAUAGAUGAGCGAGAUGAGUCCUCUGAGCUGGUCAUAGAGCUCACACAGGAGAGGGACUAUCUUCAGUCCCAGCAGCCAUCCACUCUCUUGGGCUUUCCCAGCCCUGAGCACACAUCUCUUUCGUCCGUCACCCUACUGUCUAAAGAAGAUCGACAACAUUUAGCAGUGGAGCUGGCCGACACAAAGGCCAAACUGCGGCGUUCCCGCCAAGAGUUAGAGGAGAAGACCGAGCAGUUGAUAGAUGCAAAGAAUGAGAUUGAGCGCCUGGAUGCAGAGAUCCAGAAACUGAAGCAGGAGAACAUGCAGUUGCUGGCAGAGGCACGUUCGGUGCGGGCGUACCGUGAUGAGGUGGAUGCUCUGAGGGAACGUGCUGGAAAAGUGGAUCGCCUGGAAACCGAACUGGCUCGCUUCAAAGAGAAGCUUAAUGAUGUCCAUUUUUACAAGACACGCAUAGAGGAGCUAAGAGAGGACAAUAUGACCCUGCUGGAGACAAAGUCCAUGUUGGAGGAGCAGCUUUCCGGGGCCAGGGGGCGCUGUGAUAAACUACAUGAGCUUGAGAAAGAGAACCUCCAGCUGCGCUCCAAAUUGCACGAUAUGGAAAUUGACAGGGACAGUGAUAAGAAACGUCUAGAGGAGUUGCUGGAGGAGAACAUGUUGCUGGAGAUCUCUCAGAAGCAAAGCAUGAAUGAGUCGGCUCACCUUGGCUGGGAACUGGAGCAAUUAGCCAAGAACAAUGAGGUCAAUGAGGCCCGUAAGUCAUUUGUGUUUGAGCUGAACGAGAGCGCAUCCAGCCGAUUGUUAAAGCUGGAGAAGGAGAACCAGUGUCUUCAGAGCACCAUCCAGGAGUUGAGAGAGGCCUCCAUUAACAUGGAAGAAGGUCAGCUGCACUCACUGGAACUGGAAAGGGAGAAUCAGAGCCUUAGCAAGAAGUUGGAGCGUCUGCAGUCCCAGUUGGACCAGGAGAAACAGACAACUCAGGACAUGGAGAACCUUGGAGAGGAGCUGCUGAAGGACAAACAGAGAAUGGAAAAAACUCUAGAGACAAUCCAGGCAGAUAAAGACAGACAGAUCUCAGAGUUGGAGCAGGAGAAAGAGCACUUGACCCAGGCCGUGAACUCCCUCAGGAAACGUGCUCAGGUAAACAGCGAGGCUCGUGUGAGGGAGGUUGAGACAGAAAACCGUGUUCUCCACCAGACCAUCUCUGAAACAGGCAGUAAAAUGGCACGCCUGGAGGCUGAGAAACGGCAGGCGUCUAAAGAGCUUGACUCUAUCCGUGAAAGAGGAGAGCGCUGUGAGGAGAUGGAAAGAGAGGUAACACGUCUGGAGCGAGUCCGAGAGCAGCUACAGAGGGAAGCCGCCUCCUUGAAGAUUGGCAGUGAGCGCGCCGAGGCCUUGGAGCGUGAGAACUCUACCCUGGAACAAGACAAUCGGCGACUGAAGAAGCUGGCUGACACGGCGCAGAAUGCCAGCCUACGCUUGGCUGUUCUGGAGAAGGAUCACCAGCAACUUGAGGAGGAGAACCUGGAGCAGCGACGUGCCUUGGAGACCCUGCGACCGACUGCCACUCGCCUGGCUCAGCUACAGCAGGAACACGGCGAACUGGAGAGGGAACAUGAGGAGAUGUGCCGCACGCUGGAGGAGCUCCGCUCCCAGGCCAAGAGAAGCGAAAGACUGGAGAAAAACUGCAACAGUCUGAGUCAGGAAAACCAACGGCUCCAGCAGACCCUUGACAACAGUGCUACAAAGAUUCAGGGUCUAGAGGGUGAGCUGAAGCAGAGUGAGACGGAGAUGAGAGAUUUGAGGCGAGAGUUAGAGGGCUUGAGGCAGACUGUGACAUGGGCGGAAGCAGUGGAGAAAGAGAAGAGAGGAAUGGAGCAGGAACUGGGCCAGGUAGAGAAGGAGAAGAAGCAGCUGGAGAAGGAGACACGACGGUUGAGGCAGCAGCUGGAGGUGAAGGAGACCGCGCUGGAAGAGAACUGCCUCAGGCUGGCCAGCAUGGAGAAAGAAAGCACGGCUCUCAUUAAAGAGUUGGGCCGCCUUAAAGAGGCUGCAGGGAGACUUAAAGAGCUGGAGAGAGAGAACAAAGACUUGCAAAAACAAGCCACCAUUGAUAAGAAGACUCUGGCCACACUAAGAGAGGAGCUGGUGAAUGAGAAACUGAGGGUCCAGCAGCAGUGUAAUGAACUGGAGAAGCUGAGCCACGAGCUGGAGAAGAUCGGCUUGAACAGAGAAAAACUCUUACAGGAAGAACACAGCUGUGAGGACAAUAAAUAUAAGAUCCUAGAGACAAAGAUUGAAUCGGCACUUAAGAAGACUCUGGAGCUGAGAGAGGAGAAGAUCCAGGGCCUGGAGUCUCGGCUGGAGGAGAGCAGCAGCUUAAACCAGCAACUUCGCACUGAACUCAGCACUGUGAAAAAGAACCUGGAGGCCCUCAAGCAAAGGCAAGAGGAAGAGGCGGCUCACUCUGAGAUGUCCCAGCAGUCGUUGGGGCAGGAUAGAUCCAGCCCAAAUAAAGAGAAAUGGGAGACUGAGCAUAGGGAGACCACAGCCGAGCUACUCAAGCUGAAAGACCAUCUAAUCGAUGUUGAGAAGAAUAACGCUGCCCUGCAGACAGAGAAAAAUCUUCUAAAGGAGCAGCUGAAGCAGUUGGGCUCCCAAAAUGCGCAGCUCAACGCACAAACACUAGCUCUACAGAAACAGGCGGCUUCCUUACAAGAGCACAACACCUCUCUUCAUAAAGAGACCGCUAAACUGCAGGUGGAAAAUUCGACACUAAGCUCCCAGAGCUCAUCUCUCAUGGCUCAGUACGGAGCUCUACAGGCCCAGCUCCAAACUCUGGAGUCGGAGGCCGAGUCUCUUCAGAAACAGCGCGAGGAAGCGUGUGCGGCCCGCGACCGGGUCACUCAGGACCACGAGCGCCUGCUUGCCGUGCACGAAAGACAAGAGACCGAGUAUGAGCAGCUCAUGACCCGACACGCAGAACUGAAGGGCAACCAGAGAGCUCUGGAGCAAGAACACAGAACAAUGGAGAGCAAAUAUACAGAUCUCCUGAAGAAGAAGGAUGCUAUGGAGGCACUGGAGGCGUCUCUACACAGGGACAGAGAGAGUCUGGGAGAGGAAAUUCACAAGAACACUCUUAUCCUGGGAGAGAACCGCAGUUUGAGAGAAGAAGUAGACAGACUGACACAGACACACGUUAAGAUGGGGAAGGAGUACGACAGCCUGCAACUGCAGACCAAAGAACUGAAGACCUCUCUGAAUGAGUCCCAGCUGGAACUGAACCGCUGGCAGGCGCGUUACGACCAACUGAAAGAGCAGCAUCAGGGCCUGGACAUCUCAAUGACCAAACUGGACAACCACUGUGAGCUGCUAACCCGUUUGAAAGGAAACUUGGAGGAAAACCAUCAUCUACUGAGUCAGAUCCAGAUGCUGAGCCAACAGAAUCAAACCCUGCUGGAGAGAACCAUGGAGAGCAAAGAACUUUACCACGAAGAACAGAAACAAUACAUUGAUAAGCUUAAUUCUUUACGGCGACAGAAGGAGAAAUUAGAGGAGAAGAUCAUGGAUCAGUAUAAGUUCUACGACCCGACUCCUAAAAGUAACCGGCAUUGGGCUGGAGCCAAAGCAAUAGCAAAAUUCAUUAAACCUAAGAAAGACAGUCAACGAGAACGGGCUGACGCUCCACGCGAGAGAAUCCGAAGCGCUCCAGACAUCCCUCUGCCGGAGAUCCCCUCAUGUAUAGACUGUCCCGAGAGCGCACCGCCCCUUCCCCCACCGCUGCCCCCCAGACAGUCACGUCUCAGUCUGGACUCCAUGAACAAUCACUCCGCAGAGGAGAAUCAUAUACAGUCCCCAACUCUUUCACCUGCCCCCAACGGCCGAGCCCCUCCAGCAGCGAAGCGUUUCCGCUUUCUCAGGAGCAAGAGCCAGGAGAAAAUGCGCGUUCAGGGGACUCCGCCGCACUCUCGACGAUCCAUUACCAGACGCCUACGCUUCUGGUCCUCAUCUGACAACAUUGUUCCCUGCCCCCCCGCCGAACCCUUUUCGCAUAUCGGCCAUUUCUAA